ACGUGGGGGGGUCCAGAGAGAGAGAGAGAGAGAGAGGGAGAGCGGCCAUGGGGAAGAGGAAAGCCGUCGGCACGGCUCGGGCCGCCAGCAGCUUAAGCACGAAACAGAGGAAACACCUGAAGGAGUUCGGGGAAGAGCAUCCCUUUCACGACAAGGUAUCUGAAAAACAGUCAUCUCAGAUUGUUGAAUUGAUAGAUAGCUCAGAGCAAUCCAGUUCUGAAAGUGAUGCAGAGACUGAACAGGAGCCUUUGUCUGCAUACCAGCACCUUGUGUCCACCUUAAACAAUUAUGCAGAUGAAGGAGAGGAAGAGGAGGAUGAUGGUGAGAAAGAAGACGACGAGAGUGAAGAAAGUGAAGUCGAUGAGGAUGAGGAAGAUCAGGGGGAUGAUAAUGAGAGUGAAGAUGAGCAAGAUGAAGAAGAUCCAGUCAUUGAUACUGAAAAUACAAGCAGUGUUGUACAGAAAGAAUCCGAGGAGGGUGAACUACUAAAUACUGAAGCUAAAAACAUAAGUGAUUUGGAAGUUGAUUUCACUGACGCGACAAAUGAAACCAAAUUCAGUUUGGAAACUAAUUUUGUUGAUGUAGAAACAGAUGAAAGUGAAGAUGAGAUGGUUUCUCCUCUGAAUAGUUCUGAAGACCAAUUUAAGCAACAUGUGGACACAGAACUAGAAGAAUCUGAUGUAACAACUAUAAAUACAAAAAACAAAAGUAUAGUGCAAUUAAAGUGGACAACACUUGGGCAACUAGUAUGUUCCAGCUCAUUACCAAAAUUCACUCCCAUUGGAGUUUUGAAGGGUAGCGAUUUGAGAAAUCUCCACUUUCAUAAGCCUCUAGAAACAACAUGGCCAAAAGUGAAUGGUCCACUCCUUUCAAAAGAUCAGCUGAGUCACCAACAAUUCUUCACUCCAUUACAAAAAGAACUCUUCAGUAUAAUAAAUAGUUACAAGGAUGUGUACUAUGCAGAAAGGACAGCAGCCGGAAAUGGGGAGGAAGUUCGCCAUACCUAUUGCUUACAUGCAAUAAAUCAUGUACUGAAGGCAAAUUCACGGGUCCUCAGCAAUAAUUCCAAGUGCCAAGAUCAGAAGGCAGAUGUUAAUGUUGAUUUCAGAGAUCAAGGACUUACAAGACCCAAGGUACUUAUUGUGGUGCCAUUUAGAGAGUCUGCUUUAAGAGUGGUGCAUUCCUUAAUCAAUCUGCUCGAAGUGAAAGACAAGCUGGAAGUCAGUAACAAGAAGAGAUUUAAGGAUGAAUUUGGUUUUAAUCCAGAAGACAUACCACCAAAUCUAAAACGGCCUGAAGAUUAUGAAGCUAUGUUUGCUGGCAAUAUCGAUGAUCAUUUUCGAAUUGGUGUGUCCAUCCUAAGGAAGAGUGUGAGGCUGUAUGCUCCAUUUUACUCCUCUGACAUCAUUGUUGCUUCACCUCUGGGUCUGAGAACAAUUAUCAAGGCUGAGGGUGACAAGAAAAGGGAUUUUGAUUUCCUAUCUUCCAUUGAAAUGUUAAUUAUUGACCAAGCAGAUGUUUACCUUAUGCAAAACUGGGAACAUAUAAUGCUCUUAAUGAAACAUCUUAACCUUCAGCCCCGCGAAUCGCAUGGGGUUGAUUUUUCUCGGGUGAGAAUGUGGUGUCUGAACAAUUGGUCCAAGUAUUACAGACAGACUCUGAUCUUCAGUGCGGUCCAGGAUCCACAAAUAAAUGCCAUUCACAAUAAGCAUUGCUUCAAUUACAGAGGACAGGUGGCAGUAAGGAACAUGUCUCAAACUGGUUCAAUUUGUCAAGCUGUAGUGCAGUUACCACAUGUUUUCCAACGAGUGGAAGUCUCCAGCUUCACCGACUUGCCUGAUACCAGGUUUCAGUUCUUCGUCAACAAGAUUUUGCCUCAGUAUAGAGAAGCAGUGAUGUCCCACACAUUAAUCUAUAUUCCUGUGUAUUUUGACUAUGUGCGACUGCGAAAUUACUUUACCCAUGAAGAAAUCAAUUUCGCUCAUAUUUGUGAGUACAGCAAGAAAGGUGCAGUUAAUCGAGCUAGAGACCACUUCCUCAAGGGAGAGAAACCUUUUGUCCUCUUCACUGAGCGCUUCCACUUUUACAAAAGGUAUACAAUAAGGGGCAUCAGGCAUCUCAUUUUCUAUGAGCUUCCCACAUAUCCACAAUUCUACAGUGAAGUUUGCAACAUGCUGAAGGCAGAAAAUAGUGGUGAUGAAGCUGCGUGGACUUGUACUGUUCUGUAUUCAAAGUAUGAUGCUCAGAAGUUGACUUCAGUGGUCGGAGUAGAACGGGCUGCCCAGAUGCUUCAGUCAAAAAAAAAUGUCCAUUUGUUUGUAACCGGAGAAAACAUGUAAUAGAAGCUGCAGAUGUUUGCAGUAUCUAAAGAAUUCUGGACAGUUGUGAAAUAAAUGCCACUUUAGACCGAA